AGAAUGGUCCACUAAUCAUUGACUUGUCAAUAAAUCGGCGCUCAGUAGCAAACUAGUGAAAAAAAGACUCUUCUAGGCGAUUCUCUCUUCCUCUAGAAUCAUCUCCACCGACUUAAUCAAAUCGACGUUUUCCUUGCCGCCGGCAGCGGAUCAGCUUUCCGAUUCAUCGGAUCUACUCUUUCUUUAUCAUGGCUGAUAAAGAACUUUGGUUCGCCCUCCAGAAUUUAAAUCUGGGCUCUGAUAGAAGUCCAUUAAAGCUUUCAACAGAGGCUAACCGUAAAAGGGAUGCAGAUCAUCGGCUUAGUGUUGUUGUGAAAGGGUUACAUCCAUCGCAAAAUCCAGCAGGGAUUAAAAUCAUGAUGCCUAAAAUCUGGAAAAUGGAAGGCCGGCGGAGGUAUCCUGAUUUCCUCAGAAUUAUCAGGUUUUGGGUCAAACUUCUCAAUAUCCCAGAUGAUUCAAAAGAAGAUCGCUCGAUUAGGGAAAUUGGAGGUGUUCUCGGGCAUGUCGAGGAUGUUUACAUACAACAACCAACGGCAGAUCUAGCUGGAGCGGUCUGGGUUAGAGUCCCAAUUGAGAUCUCAGCAAAGUUAACCUUUGCUAGAUACUUCGAUUUAGAGGACCAUGAGGAACCAGUUCUUAUAAGAUAUGUUUAUGACAAGCUCAGGAAAUUUUGCUCAGCCUGUGGUGGACUCACGCAUUUAGCUGCAAAUUGUACCAUUAAUCCCCCUGAAGCUGAGCCUCUUCAAUUUCUUGCCUCAUCUCCUCUAGCAAAUCAAGUCCGUCAGCCGGAGAAUGCUCAUCCAAUUGAAGAAUUGCCCCAUACCCCUACGGAGGUAGCUGAUGAUACUAUGGGAGAAACUGUGGGAUCAAAUCUCAAUAUGGAAACUUCUGAAAAUCAGCCGCAUAUCGGUUCUCAAGGAGAUCUUAUGGACUUUCUGCAUCCUGGGGAUAUCAAUAAUAGAAUCAAUGACACUUUUGCUAUACGUGAAGUAGGAUCUUCCUCAGGUCCAGUGCAAGAUAGGGGUACUAAACGCAAGAUUGAUGGUCCAGCUGAUGAAGAUGAAGUCUCAACCUCUAGAAGAAGAACUCAAGGAAACAGAAGCACAGGUACGAUCAAAUCUAAACUCGAUAGAGUUCUAGCUACUGCUGAUUGGAAAGAUAGUUACCCCAAGGCGUUGGUUCAAUUGCUAGAGUGGGUUGGAUCAGAUCAUCGGCCACUACUUCUUCAGACUGAAGACAAUAAAUGGAGAGGUAAAAGCAUGUUUCGAUAUGAUAAUCGCUGGAGGUUCUACAAAGACAGUUACAAAGCACUACAGACCACAUGUGAUCAAAGCUGCAAAGACCUACCUCCUCAUCUUUUUAAUGAAGCUCUAACAAGAUGCAGAAACAGUCUAUCCCGCUGGAAAUCUGAUCAUCAACUCAAUUCCCAGAAAAAGAUCCAGCAACUUCAACAAGCUCUCCAUACAGCGUAUGAUUCUGCUGCUAUUGACUAUCAUUAUAUUGCGAAUUUGAAAUCUCAAUUGCAGCAUGAAUAUCGUAUGGAAGAAGAGUUCUGGAGAACUAAGAGCAGAGUACAGUGGAUGCAAGCGGGGGAUAAAAACACAAAUAAGCAUUUGGAUCAGAUUAUGCAACAUAUUGAGCCUCGAGUAACUGAUGCUAUGAACCAGCGACUGACUAAGCAAGUGUUUGAGGAGGAAAUUCUUCAAGCUCUAUCCCAUAUGAAUGUGGACAAGUCUCCAGGUCAGGCUCAAGAUCUGCAACCUAUUACUGAUAUACUUAAACAUUGGCUGCCCACUAAAUCCUCUGAACUCUCCAAGAGUCUUCUUUUUCCUUACAUUGGAUGGCGCAUCUGGAAAGCCCGUAAUGACCUACUGUAUAAUAACAAACGUUGGGCUAUCCCUGACAUUAUUAAUCAAGCCAUCAUGGAUUUGCAGUUGUGGAAGGAUGCACAUCAAGCUAGCAAUGAUAGCAUUAAUAAUCCUCAUGCUAGAAAGCAAUCUAAUGUCUCCACGACUCAACCAGUAAUAUCUCUCACCACUCCUUUCUAUUGUUGCACAGAUGGCUCUUGGAUUAACAGUGACAGAGCAAUGCUGGAAUUGGUUGGAGUCUUCAUGACAUUCACGGAAGAUGCAUUAUCAAGGGUUACAUUCUGUGGGGACUCAGCAACAUUAUAUCACUACCUUGAAAAGGCUGCAAAACAGAGCCAUCCUCCUCCUGGGAAUAUGGAGAUUCAGCGCUAUAUUGAUGACAUUCUGGGACUGUCUAAUGGUGCUUACCUUUUUAAAUUGUCUCUUCUUUGUUCGUGGUGUGGCCUUGUGGAGUCAAAAGUAUAUGCAAUGGCGACAUUGUCUGAUGGAUUAUUCAACGACAUGGACGUGUUGGGAGUUAUCGGAUAUGUACUGGAGCAAACCAGGUUCAUCUUCCUCGUACCGAUUCUCAAACGUCUUGUGAAUCUAUGUCAGGUUAUUUCGGUGUUGUUGUUCAUAGAUGCAGCUUAUAUGGCUAUAGUUGUAGCCAUUGUCAAAUUACUUGGACGAACACCACAGAAAGUUCUCAAAUGGGAAAGCUUUAAGAACGAUGAUAUUGAGCUUGCUCCUUCUAGUAAUCAUCCAAUGGUUCUCAUUCAAAUCCCAAUCUUCAACGAAAAAGAGGUAUGCCAACUUUCUAUAGGAGCGGUUUGCAAGCUAUCAUGGCCACGGGAUCGGAUGAUUGUUCAAGUGCUUGACGAUUCAACCGACGAAGAAAGUCAGAAACUGGUUAGAUUGGAGUGUAAGAAAUGGGAGAGCGAAGGUAUAACCAUAAAGUCGGAGGUUAGAAAAGGUAGAGACGGUUUCAAAGCAGGAGCUCUCACUGCAGGAAUGAAGCAUAGUUAUGUGGAUGAAUACAAGUGCGAGUUUGUUGUUAUAUUUGAUGCUGAUUUUCAGCCUGAACCUGAUUUUCUUGAACGUACUAUUCCUUUUCUUGUCCACAACCCUGAGAUAGCUCUUGUACAGGCCGGUUGGAAAUACGGGAAUGCCGACGAGUGUUGUAUGACAAGAAUACAAGAGAUGUCUCUUAACUACCAUUUUGCAGUGGAGCAAAAGUCUGGAUCCUCCAUACUUGGUUUCUUUGGAUUCAAUGGUACUGCUGGUGUGUGGAGAAUUAAAGCUCUGAAUGAGGCCGAAGGAUGGAAGGACCGCACGAUAGUCGAGGACAUGGAUUUAGCGGUUAGAGCUUAUUUACGUGGCUCGAAGUUUGUGUAUGUCGACGAUGUCAAGGUGAAAAAUGAGCUACCGAGCUCAUUUCAAGCAUACCGGUAUCAGCAACAUCGUUGGUCUUGCGGUCCAGCGAACCUCCUCAAGAAAAUUGCAAUGGAGAUCAUCAAAAACCAGAAUGUGUCAUUAUGGAAGAAGGUGUAUUUGAUAUACAACUUCUUCUUUUUGAGGAAGAUUGUUGUACACAUGUUCACAUUCGUCUUCUACUGCGUGAUUUUGCCUGCUACCGUUAUAUUCCCGGAGAUCGAAGUCCCUAAAUGGACAACUAUCUACAUUCCUGCUACCAUCACUAUCCUAAACGCUAUUGCAACACCUAAAUCAUUUUACCUCAUACUAUACUGGAUCUUAUUUGAAAACGUAAUGGCAAUGCAUAGAACUAAAGGAACUCUCAUUGGAUUGCUAGAGACUAGUAGAGUUAAAGAAUGGGUUGUUACACAAAAGCUAGGAGAGAGUAAUACUCUCAGGGAAAACCUCAUUCCUCCUGCUCACUAUAGCUUCCCUGAGAGACUUCGAUGGCGAGAGAUAAUGGUUGGAAUGUAUCUCUUCAUAUGUGGAUACUAUGACUUUGUGUUCGGGAGGACAUACCUUUAUGUGUAUCUUUUCUUGCAGUCUAUUGCCUUCUUCGUUGUUGGAGUUGGCUACAUUGGAAUGUCGGUUCCAAGUAAGCCGGUUCCUAGUAACCACUAACACAUCUAACUUCUUUCUUCUCCUACACAUUCAUUCUUUCAAAAGGUCCGAUUGUACAGAGAUUAAAAGAUGUGGUUUGUC